UAUUAAUGAUGGAGUUUUCAGAUCAUCCUUUUAAUAAUAAUGAAUUGAGUAUGGAAGAAGAAGAAGAAGAAAAUAGUAUUAGGGGAAGAAGCUUAGGAAUGAUGAGGAAGAAGAAGAAUAAUAAUGGUGGAAAUAAUGAUGAUUCAAGGUUUAAAUCUAAGAAUUUAGAUGCUGAAAGAAGACGACGUGCUAAACUUGGUGAUCGACUUCUUCAAUUAAGAGCACUAGUCCCUAUUAUCACUAAUAUGACAAAAGCAUAUAUAAUCAAGGACGCGAUCACUUAUAUUGAAGUUCUUGAUGGGCAAGUAAGUGAGCUAAAGGAUGAGCUUCUUGAGCUUGGUAAUAGUACUCCUCCUCCUCCUCCUCCUCCUCUUAAAGAUGAAACUAAACCAGAUCUUAAACAUAAUUUUGCAGCACAAGAUAUCAACAACUUUGGAAUUCAGCCGGAGGUCAAGGUGAUUACCUACGAUUACAACAAACUAUGGAUAAAAGUUGUGUACGAGAAAAAAUUUGGAGGCUUUACCAAACUAGUCGAGGCUAUAACUCGACUUGGGUUAGAAUUCAAUGACACUAAUUAUAUCACCUCCAAAGAAGCUGCUGUUGUUACUUCUUGCAUAGAGGGAAUGAGUGAUGAUUGUCUUGAUGUUGAAGAGACCAAGGAAAUGCUAAUGACUGUAAUUAGCAGCAUUUAGUUGAAUUAAGGGUGUAUUAGGGAGAUAUAUUGAUUUUGAGUAGUUUAUAAUAUUGGAUUUUUUUUUAAGAUGAUUUUUAUAGGAUGGUCAAAAAACACUUUUUGCAUUUAAGUUUAGGGAGGGAGAAAAUAGUAAAAGCAUGAAAAAUGUAGCAUACUAAGGAAUUACUGCAUUCUAAAAAGAAAAUCUACUGGUUACAUCACAGCAAAUGUGCCUAUUGUACUGUUUGAUUAUUCCAGGUAUGGCUACUAUC